AUGAAUGCUGGAUUCGAGAUGACAUGGUGUGAUUUCGAGAGCGAAACCCUCAGAUUAGUCGAACAUUUGAAUGUUACAGCUCCAUUACUUCCCCAAAAUGUACCAAAUAAAGUAACAACUCGGUCACCGCAAUCUACACAUACAGAAAAUCCCACUGAAAACCUUCCUGCCAUGCCACCAAACUUCAGACGCGAUUCUGAGAGAGAACCAUUCCUUCGAAGUCAAGGCUGGAGUUGGUUCACAAGCGCUGCUGCUCAUUACGGAUCUUCUGGAGAAGGACCAGGACUUGGCGAAAAUAGAGUUAAAUUGCUCACAUGUGGAAUCCUAAACUACUACUCUCCUAAAUUUGAGAGUCAAGCAAAGGCGCGAGGUUUGGUAGAAAGGGAAACAUUGAACUUGACAAGCGAAGGGUUCUGGAAAGGUGGUCUAGAGGAUGAAGAUACAAGAAUUACUGCGUUGAACGCUUUGAUGCGAAGGAGAAGAUAUCAAUACAGAUGA